AUGAUAGAAUUAAAACCACAACAAACGAAAACAUACAAUGGAAUUUGUGGUGAUUUUAAAAUCGAAAUUAAAAGUUAUUGCACUGCAACAAGUUUUAUACAACUAUAUGUAAAUGAAAAUUAUAUCGAAAGAAUCACAGUUCCACCCCAAAGAUCUUCAUUUAAAGAAAUAUAUGCCAACGGUGAUGUUUUAAUAAUCAACAUGGGUCCAUCAACAGUCAAUGUUUUACAAUUAGAAAGUUAA